CGCCUUCUUGCCCUAAACUCUCGACAUUACAAGCUCGCGCAGCACUGUCCAUAAUUGAGAGAGAGAGAGAGUUUCUUAUUACCGCAGGGAGAAAAACUCAAUCUAGAGAGAGAGAGAGACAGUGUUUGUUUCUUAAUUCGGCAGAGGGAGAAACAAAUGUCGGGUGAUGAAAAUAAAGGGCAAAGAGCGUCAGAAGUUGCAGAGUUUAACCUAAGAAGCAGUGUGGAAGAGCGGUACAAGAAGAUCAGAGAACACGCAGAGACGUAUCCUUAUUUGUGGGCUUCAUAUAUUGUCGUCUACGGAGGAUUGGGCGUGUACCUAACUUACAGAUGGACAAAGCUCAGGAGAACAGAGGCUAGGGUUAGGGUUUUGCAAGAGAGGCUUAGAAAGCUUGCUGAAGCUGAAGAAGCUGCACAUACCAUCGAUAAAUCUCAGAGUGUUGGUUCCAUGGACAAAUCCCAGAACAGGUAGAAGGCAAAUGUCGCUUUUAUCAGUUCUAGGGUUUCAAAAUUAGGGUUGUAAUUUCUAGUUUGCUUCUUCCCUCUCCUUCAAUCAAGCUCUGGUUUUGCACUAGCGGUUUCUGGAACCAUUUUUGUCCUUCAUUUGGGGUUCUCAGAGUUAUCAUUUUCCUCAAAAGGUUUGAACAACCCGAUUGCAGCUUCUUUAUAUUUCACCUUUCCUUUUAAGCUCGUACUCUCUUCCGCCAUUCCUUAAUGUUCAAGAGCGCAAUACACUCACUAACGGCCGUUGUCUCAAUUUAUUUUGUAACUUCUUGCUAAGGGAAGCUUGUUGCAAGAGUUGAAUGGCGGAAAACCUUUGUAAUUUCGAAGAAUUCAUUCAUUUGAAAGUGUCAUUCUGAUAUGACGUUCUUCUUUCUUUAA